AGCUCGUAUUCAUUCAAAAUUCCAAUCUUAUCUUGACGACGUAGAACAUUGUUUGCCACCUUACAUAAUCAGAUUCAGUUGUUAUUUUAAUUUUAAGUGGAUCAACUCUGGGCUUUUGAUCAAAAUCAGUUUUUUAACAGCAAAAUUCUUGUAGGCCUAGCAGCACUCGAUUACUUGGCGAUUUCUCCGAAAUUGGUGUUGAAAAAUCGGUUUGUUUAGUUGCCAUGGUCAGUUCCAUGGUCCAAAGUCGCAUUCAGCAUUUUUAGACCUGCAAGGUUUUGUCAAGUAGCCAAGUCUUUUGUUCUCCUUUGGACAGCUUUCUCUUUUUCCUCCUCGGUGGCAUUUUUGUGUUUGUUCUUUUUUCAAGCGUCAUCGCCAGAUUUCUGAACUAAAGACAAAAUUUUCUUGACAAAAACUUUUUCCAUCAACUUGUUGUCUUUUCUGCCCAUGUUACUAAUGUUUCAGCAUCUUUUACGUAGGAAUCCUCGCAGAAAUUUGGAAUCAGCUCUACAAAUGACAAAUUGUCAGUUCCGAUUAUUUACCUGAAGAUGAAUUAGUAACUUUAUCGAUUUCGUCCGUUAUACGAGUUCACAGGUCCGACUGCAUAAUUUUAUAUCGACGGCUGAGCAGCCCCUUGUCGAUGGCGCUCCUGAUGAAUUGAUUUUCCCCUUUUACGUCUAUACAGCGGCUCUCAUGUCGGGGUCCUUGUCUACACAAAGAUGCGACAUCCACCAGCUCAGACUUUUCUUCUUCAUUCUUAAUGGCCAACAAUAUGUUGAACAGAAAUCGGACAUGAUAACCCCCCCUCAUGGCGUUAUCCAUUAAUCUGAAAUCCCUUCAAUCGAUUUCUAUAAAUUUUGAUUUUUGAUAGCUAUACAAAAUGUCUUUAAGGUAAAUUAUCUAAGCCGAAACUACUCUUCAAAAAAAGGACUAUUAAUGCAGGUUUGUAAAAAAAUCAGCAGUAGCCUAAUCCCCCUGCAUGUACUUCACUUUAUCCUUUCGGCUUGGACCCUUUUCUAUCCUUUUAUAAGCCCCUUUUUAUAUUGUUCCAUGUUUUUAGCCUCUUUUUUUCCGGUGACCAUCUGGCUUUUAUCAAAGGCAGAAAAUUCAGGAGGAUGGUCAACUUGAUUUUUUACCGAGUGAACACACAACGAAUGUGGUUGUGAAUUUCGUCGAGGAGGAUCUCUUUAGCCGAGCAGACUAAAAAUAGACGAAGGGGAGGAGGAUGUUGUGUCGUGGCAAAAGUGAAAAUAGAUCCGAGUGGCGCGUGUGUGAGCUGUUAUACAUCCUAAAUUUAACUGAUGCAAUUUUUACUAAAAGUUUGGAAGGUUGUAAUCAAUUUCAUGUAUAGCAGACGAAACAGAAAAUUCUUCUACAAAAGGCCUGACGAAUGCAAAUGAGCGGCCAUUAUUCAGUUCAAGGGCUCUCGUCUGAAAAACAAACGAAACGGGAAUGUAAAAUAAAAUCUUGGGAGGUUGUGUGUGUGUGUGUGCUUGACACAAUAGAGAAAGAGGGUGGCGAGUGGGUGGAGAGGAGGAAAAAAACCUCCACGGGAGAGUCUGGUUAUAAAAAGAAACGGCAAUGCUGUUUUACCCACCCGUCGCCUAAGGCCUCGUUAAGAAUCUUCCCCCUGCCCCAUGGAUCUUCUAUCCCCAUUGGUUCCCAUUGAAUCCAAGUGGGUGUGUCUACCACCCAGUCGCGGGUGGUGAAAGAGGGUCACCACCCACCAACCCAGCUCCCACCGACAGAGCCCAACAACUCUCCCCACCAGUUUUAUUCUUUUUCUACUCUCCGUCGAUUCGAGAAGCAGAAAAUAUCGUGGUUAAAAAAGCUGUGCUGUUUUUCGUGUGUGUGUUCAAUAUUUUCAGUGGCCAAUUUUUUUGUGGAAAUGUGUUUUCAGUGCAAUUGAAUAUUGACCAGAGUUUGUUACCUUGUCAUUCCUUAAUGACAACUGUGUGUGGACUGGAUGGAAUCUUGUCACCACGAUUCCAAAAUGAUUGAAUCGACGGACGAUGGCAAAACUCCGCCCAGUGUCGGUGACGUUAAUUGUCACCUGAUCUGUACCGUCUGUAAAGGUUACCUGGUGGACGCUACUACAAUUACCGAAUGUCUUCAUUCAUUUUGCCGCUCAUGCGUCGUUCCGCACGUGGCGGAAUUCCAUCAAUGCCCAUCUUGUUCCGUCCCGCUCAGCACCACUAAGCCUUUUUCCCAACUCAGGAGAGACUACACGCUACAGAGUAUCGUCUACAAGAUGGUCCCGCGGCUGGCCCGGAACGAAUUGGACAGAAGGAAGCAGUUCCGCCAAGAGCGUUUCGAAGCUUCCAAAAUGAAUAACUUUGUUGAGGAUAGUAAAGCUGAAGAAUGUUACCUGCAAUCAUUUUUCGCUCCCAACGAUCCAAUCUCCAUGUCCCUGGAAUACGCAGAACCAAACUGCGAAUUUGGCUUACGAGCCAAUUUGGGGAAAGAUGAUUUGUCGGAAUCUGGGUCCCAACAGCAGCAUCGUCGUUUCUUCCGGUGUCCGGCUGACCUUCCCAUCGGCCAUUUGGUCAAAUUUCUCCGCAAUAAAUUCAACGUCACUGAUCCAGCCACACACAAGUUGGAAAUUUUGUACAACGGUCGACCGCUGGCGCCAGAAUACAAACUGUCCGACGUGGCCUACAUUUUCUCAUGGAAAGAGAGGGAGCCAUUGAGAUUGUGGUACCGGAUAUCUCCUACCAUCAAAGAGGAAGAGCCGAUCCAGCGGAAGACGACUCCACCGGCGGAAGAGGUCAAGGUGAAAGGUAACCAGCGAGCGAGUCUAGUUGACAUUACCAGCAAGCGGAGUUGGCAGUGUAACGGCAAAGAAGAGAGGAGAACCAAACGCCGGAAGCGUUCAUCCGCAGAGAAAGUAGCUGAAAAGAUUCAACGGACGACGCCGGAAGCUUCAGCUGUUGAUUCACUGGUCGUUCCUGUCGCUAAAACAAUUUUUGACGAGGCGAGAACGGCUGAAUUCAGUUGCUCUACACCUAUUCCGUCCGCCGGAAGUACCGCCCCACCCCUUGAGACCGAUUCCGGCGAGUCCAACAAAAUUCACAAUUGGUUGCCAAAAGCUGUUUUUGAUUUGGAUGAUCGCGCAUUAUUUGCCAAAAGACUCCAAAGAAUAACCAACCCUUCAGAAUUCCGGCCGGAAGAAGUGAAAGAAGAGGAACCACAAGUUGACAAGACGGACAAGGAAGUAGUCGACCCAACAACCAAGGAAGAAUCGAUCGAAUCACCUGAUCCGCUGGCUCCACUCCGGAUUUGCGUGACACCCGAUCCGACUGGCGCAACCUCUGGCGGACCAGAUGAUGAAAUUCACGACAGUAUCGGCGCGUUAGACUUGUCCGGAAGCAAAGGCGAUUCGAGUGAUGUGUCAUCGCCUUUAUCAGCCGGAAGUUGCAGAUCCAGCGCCAGUCCAGUAGGUUCUACUUCCAAAAUGGGUCCUCAUCCUUAUUUCAUGACGCCCAGCGCCGUCUAUCAUCAUGUCCAGCAGCAAGAUCCGGCUCAAUCCAUGGCCGUGUUGGAAGCUGCAGCUCAAUCCACAACUUGUUCCGCCAAUAACACCAACAAGUUGUCCAGUGAUGACAUUAAAAAGCCUCCAAUUUGGGAUCUGUUCCAUCAGCACAUCCGCCCGUCUACAGCCCACAGCAGCCAGCAAGCUCAGAGCCUAUUAGAUUUAUUAAAGUCGAAUCCUCCGCUCAUAUUUCGCGGAAAUAAUAAUAAGAAAAAAUCUAAGAAAAAUCCGGCCGGAAAGAAAUUUCCGCCAUCUUCACCAAAUUCCGCUUGAUCGGAUGUGAUUUGUGUCUUUUUUGUUUGUGUUUAUGUGUGUGUGUGUGUGUGUUCCAUGAAACAUUUCUUUUUGGCUGCAUGCUUGUGACUUGACACAUAUAUUUUUCUAUACAUAUUAUACAUAAACUAUUAAAUGGACACUUUGAAUACAUUGAUUUUACAAGUU